UCUCUUCUCCGGAGAAAGCCGAGUCGGUAUGCCCGAGCCCGCCAAGUCCGCGCCGGCCCCGAAGAAGGGCUCCAAGAAGGCGGUGACCAAGGCGCAGAAGAAGGACGGCAAGAAGCGCAAGCGCAGCCGCAAGGAGAGCUACUCGGUGUACGUGUACAAGGUGCUGAAGCAGGUGCACCCCGACACGGGCAUCUCGUCCAAGGCCAUGGGCAUCAUGAACUCGUUCGUCAACGACAUCUUCGAGCGCAUCGCGGGCGAGGCGUCGCGCCUGGCGCAUUACAACAAGCGCUCGACCAUCACGUCCAGGGAGAUCCAGACGGCCGUGCGCCUGCUGCUGCCCGGGGAGCUGGCCAAGCACGCCGUGUCCGAGGGCACCAAGGCCGUCACCAAGUACACCAGCUCCAAGUAAACGUGCCAAGUAAGCGUCUCCUUCCCAACCCCAAAGGCUCUUUUCAGAGCCACGCAUGCUUUCAACAAAUGAGCUAUAAUGCUUUCUAAAAACUAUUCUCAAAUGCACCCUAAUCAAGUUUACUCUAAGAUCGAUACAUCGCUACGGCUCUAUAAUUUUCUCUUAGGAUUGCGUAGCAAGGAUGCCACAAUUCCCGGUCGAUAACCAUACCCAUCAUAAAUUGAGCGCUCGCUAUGCCCAAAACCGGUUCUGUACAACCAUUAUUCCUUAGUUUCACAACACUAAACCUCAAUUUUAAAUGAAAAUGCCAUUUCAAGUGUACAGCUCUCCUUCCUGUGCGCAGGCUCCAAAUUCAUCGUGACAUUCAAGGACUUGGGUAAGAACGGUUUCCCCAGAGCACAAAGCAUGCUGUAAAAACUGUUUUGCUCAGAGCUUUUCUUUUCCUUUUCAGCAUAUAGAUAUGCAAUAAUGAAAACGAGCUUAAGACAACAUGAGUUUUCAUGGAAAUCUUACACAGGCUUUUCUGGCUUGCUAGCUUUGCAAUAAUGCCCAUUUCUGCUGGUGGGGGAGGUAGGGUGGGGAUCAGGGAGGAGGAGUCUGUGCUGUAUCCUAAAGGCGCAGACAGACAGGAAAGGGAACCUGUCCUGACUUGGAAGGGCUUUCAAAUCCUGUCAGCUACUAUAGCUUCUCUCCUACAAAGUCCUAUUGCAUUGCCGGUCUUCUUCCAGCAUCCUUAGCUGGGAAGACCCCAGGGUCACAAGAGAGAAGCCCACUACUCAAUCCCAUAAAGUGUCUGACUGGAGAGGCAAAAGUUACCCCAGGACUGAGGCCCCCUUUCCUCCCCUGGCCCCUUGCCCCGUGUCCCUGAGAGGCGAGGACUGAGAGGAGGUAGAAAGGGAAAGAAAGCCCUUCCCGGGAGGAUGUGGCUUCUGCUGCACAAGGUCAGAUGGCAUAAAGGGUUUCUGCUGCUGCUGGGAAUGGAUUAUUGUGGGGAAAAGAAAUCUGGGGGAAAAAGCUGGGGAGCUGGGAGGAACUGGCCAGGGGGUAAGCAGUCAACAGUUGAGAGUUCACCCAAGAAAACGGAUGAGAUUAUCUUUCCAGGUGUAGCUGACACACUCACCGGUUCCAUCCUCAGGGUAGAAGGAUGAACUAGAAAUGAGCACACGACCAGACAGCACAUGGGCACCCCCACACACCCACUCGCCCAGAAGAUGGCAACAGUGUGUGCUCACCCUCCGUGCUGAGCAAGGUAGAUUGUGCCACCCACAAUUCCGACCACCACUCACUUGCUUCUGGCACUGACAUCACAGGGAUUCGGAAUACCCAGGCUGAGGAUUAACUCUGAGAUCUCCCAAGCUGGCUUUGUACCCCUGAGCACCCGCUCAAGGCAAAUACAAAUCCUCUCUGAAGGAAUAAGCUUCAUUUUUGGUCUCAGCAAAUCCUCCACACAUAAGAUAGCAAAGAAAAUGAAAGAGCAGCUUCACAACCAAAAUCAACACAGGAUUCAACAAGACAAUGUAACCAACAAGAAGAGAAGCACACAGUGGAAACAAAAGGAGUAAAAAGAAAAUGAACAGAUACAAACUUCAAGUUGCUAACUUGAAUAUCUUUAAAAAGGAAAAGGAAAACACUAAGUGAAAUAUGCUGAGGGAUUAAGAAUACAAAGAAUUUUCCAAAAAGAGUCGAAAGAACCAAAUACGACUUCCAGAAAUGAAGGUGUGGAUAUACACGUUAAUUUACAUUAAUCAUAUGAAAAUUAAAAUUAAAGGCUUGCUAAAUGGACCAAAAAAAUCAAUAGGCUCCAGAUGAAGAAUUUUCAUGAAUUCUGUAAGCAGACCUUAUUUAUCCAAAAUGCAGGGAGAGAAAUGUAAAAGUGAGUUUAAGAGAUCUGGAAUUAGUAGUAAAAUUGUCUGCCAUGUAUCUAAUCAUGGCACCACAAGAACAACCAGAGAGAUUGAUGCUGGUGUGAGCUUCCAAUGAUCAUGGCUGAGAAUUUUUCAGAGUUAAUGGAUUACUCAUGUAACUCAAAAUCAAUAAAAUAGGGUAAAACUCAUACACCAAAACGGACGUCACUCUGUCACACUGUGAACCAAACCCCAUAAAUUCUCCCAACAAAUGUAAAGCUAGUUUUCUAAUCUGUUCUGCUAGAUGGCAAUAGACUGAAGCACUGUUAUAAAUUCCUGAGAGUGGGAGGAUAAUUGGCAAAUAGAUUAUUUACAUGCACUUGAUAUCUAUCUGAUUACCAAAUUUUGCAAAACCUAAUCAAUAUGUGAUGAUUUAAUGGACUGUUACAUAUAGUACUAUCAUUAGCAGACCAGAAACUUUGAUAUUUUUUCCAAUAACUAUUUCUGUAACUAUUUUUAUCAUGGUAUUGUGUUAGUUAAUGUCACACGCUAUAUGCCAUGUUAAGGCAUCACCGUCAUUUUCUUCCUUUUCACUAAAGUGGCUUUAGUAGUUCCUGACUUGUUAAAAACCUGUUUGCUUGCAUGCAUGGAUAUGUAUAUAAUCUGUGUGUGUUGGUUAGUUUCCUUCUAAAUAUAUUUUUAAAGGUU